AUGGAUGCGGAUCAAUUUAUUACGGACGCCGGAGGCGGCAUCGUGCCAAUAGUCUGCCAUGAAGACGGGACGUCUUGCGAAUCGGGUUUAUGUAUGCGAGCAAAAGUGCUAGACGGCUGGCAGUCGGUGUUCAAAGCCGCGGGGAGAUUCCGUUCUCAUAGCUUCUCGUUCGGUCGAAAUGAAUCACGCUUCAAUCGGCAAGGCAUUACAACGUCUUCUACCGUACCCAGCUCAUGGCAGCUUUGUAUCGAUGUGGUCCAUUACUCGAGGAUGAAACGCCUUCCUUCUCCGAGGUUUCCGGCCUUCUAUCAGGCUCACCAUGAUCUUCUACACCCCUCAGCUUGGCGCUUGUUUUACUCUGAUCUUCCUGACUCCUCCUAUCCGCUCUUCGGACCCCGCAAUCCCUCAGCGGAAAGGUCCGCGAUAGUCCUCUACCGUGCCGUGUAUACGUAUAAGGCAGCUAAUUCUCAACUAUCUAAGAUCGUGACAAACUUAGCUUUUACCUACUACUUUAGAAGCAACGAUCAUAAAUCUUCAUCACGCUUACCCGAGCGUACGGCCAUAUUCUGCAUCUCGUGCGCGCUUUUGUGA